AUGGAGCUCGCGGUGGCCGCUGGCGGCGCGAUUCCCGGUGGUUUAGGGGCUGGUGGUGCGCGAUGGGGCUUUUGGGGCUUGCUAGGGUGGAGGCACGGUGGCCGUGAGCUAAGGAUGAGUGGCGGUGAGAUGGGAAUGGGAUCCAGGGAAGGUGAGGUCAAGGCCCGUGGUGACCUGCGGUGGCUAGCAUUCGAGGAGGUGACUGUGGUUGGAGUUAGGGCGUGGUGGCGAAGCCGCGGCGACUCGAGGCGGCUGGUCGGGGGAUUUGAGAAGGGAGAUGGUAUGGGGUUAGUGGCGGAGAGGGGUCAGUGGCGCGGCUAA